AUGGGUAAUUCUUAUCUUCAUUCUCUAUGUACCGGCUGCCCAACCGACCUGAUUGAGCACUCUAUCGAUCUGAUUCCAAACGCCCUCCCUGUCAAGGCUAAGCUACCAAGACUACCAAGAUACAUCCAAGCGGAGAAGAAGUUUACCUGCGAAGGUUCUCCAGAUACGGAAGAAGCGGGGGUUCUAGCCGUGAUGUCCUCGCAGUGGGGAGCGAGAAUUCGAUUCCUUGGAAAGGAGAAAGGGUCUAUCAUCAACUUCCGAAUCGUUUCCAAUUUCAUCCCGAUUAGCAAGUGGACUAUUGGGAACGCUUAUCCGGUCCACAGCUUGGACGAAGUCAUCGACAUUAUCCUGAAACGAAAAGCAUAUGCUAUUUCUGUGCUGAUGCUUCUUGUGGGUAUUGGGCGAUCCUCAUCCGUAGGCGUGUCGAUAAAAUAA